AUGUAUGUAAAGAUAGAAGGCCCACAGUUCACAAAAGGACCUGCGUCUAAACUCUGUUCCACCAAGCCUACCGUCAUUGCAACUGCGACGAUCUCCUCAAGAAAAGGUUGCUUACCUCUAUCGGUUAUUUCGAUCUAACGCAUAUCCGAUUAAUUUUGUAAAGAUCUGCCCCAGACAGACACAAGCUAGGUAUCCAUCGGUGAGACCCAUAUCUCCUCUAUAUAUUUAAUCCUAAGAACGUGUGCCUACUGCUGUUCGACGCUUCUUCUAAAAAAAGUUUCUGAAACUUCAGUUACAAUUUGGAAAUAUACGCCAUCUACACUUUUUGUUUACAAUUCAUUUUAACGAACGUAGCAUCGAUAUGCUUUUCUAAUCGACAGUUUUGUUCAACUGUGAUAACCAACAGUGGACCAAAGAAGUUACGCCUUCGAUGGAUUGUAACAGAAAAUGAUUCGUCCUGAUUGUACUUGUUUUUCCCAGUGUUUUCCAAUUCGUUAAUGGCCCAUAAACUAUAACUUCUCGCUGACUUACACCCAUUGUCAUAUGUCAUGCGAGAGUGAGUGCUGAAUAGAACGUCCGCCAUUGCACUUGUGGCUGCAUACGGCGAUGUUAUCUUCAGUAAGGGGUUAGGCGGCUUUUAAGUGCCACAGUUAAGCGUGGUACAGCAAUAGACAUUUUUUGGGGAAUGUAUUUUAGGCGAGAAGGUCACUAUCACCAAAAUGCCUCUAGAAACGACGAAAAGGAGGUAGCUGUCUGCGCAUUUUUCCCAGUGGCUGGGCCAGAGGGAGUUCGCGCGUCUACAACCUCGUCGUAGCCCCGCUAUUUAGUAAGGACCCGGUCUUUCAUAGUCCCUCUUGUCCUGCGGCAAAGAAGGGAGCUAUUUGGGACUGGUGCUGGGAGAGCAGAUCAAUAUAAUUGUCUUCUAGGAACUUGCGGAGGUGCUGCAGCCAAAUUAAGCACCGGAGAUGUUAGCAAAAUCAUGUAUUAGGCGGAUAAGGGACGGGUUAAUAAGCAGAACGGCCUGCGAAAAGUUAUGCCCCUCAUCAAAGGGAAAACCAACGACAGGCCUUAGUAGGCAGAGCAAGAAUUGGAGUACCAACUGUUUAUAUCGUAAGCACAGAGUGCGGCCAUGUAAGCAGACCUGUAAGGGGUCGCGCCUUCAUAGUACGGAGCCAAAAGUACCCAGUAGCAAUGGUAAGAAAGCAUUUGGCACGUGUCGACGUUCCUAUCCCUUUACAAUAGUAGCUAGCUGUUGCUUCUGUUAUAAAGUUACUGUGUGCGCAUCUGACCCGUGUUUAGUGCACAUCUUAGUCAACUGGGUGAGGUGAAUUACUUUAAAUUUGGAUUUAGUGGUAGAUCAAGUGGUAACUCUUAAUUAUAUCAUUAGAAAUCCCUGUUUUGAAUUGGUUUCUAAAUCCACUGCUAUCACUCCUCCCCCAUAGCGACAAUUUUCGCGGUUUUUGAUGUCAUCUCCCGCAUUCCGACCUCAUGCGGUCUGCCGACGCUCACGGCGGAACCCUCAGUAUUCAUCGUCUACUAG